UAGGAAGCUUCGGAUUGGCUAAAGGCUCAGCUGUUGCUAUGACUUCUGUUACAGACGCUUCUGUGUCCACAAAUUAACAGGCACAUACGGAACUCUCCCACUUACCCAUUUUUUCGUUUUUAUGCCCGGUAUCGUAAUUGUUUAACAUUUUAAAAAAUGUAUACUGAAACAAUUUUCAACAUGGCGAAAUAAAGUGGCAAUGGAUGCAGCUAGCCGCUGCACACGUCUAACCAAACAUCGAUUAAACAUCAGAAGUCUUCAAAAUGAAGAGCGUUUUCACCCUCGCAGACAAUGCAUGGAUGGGCUCAAAGUUAAUUUACAUGUGGCAGAAAUCCCUUGGAAAUUACAUCGCUGUUGCAGGACAAGACAACUCUGUGAAAAUAUUUGAUCGACAUGGACACAAGUGGACAGAAAUUACCCUUCCUGGACGCUGUGUUGGGAUGGACUGGGAUAAGGAUGGGGACAUUUUGGCAGUCAUAGCAGCCAAAUGUAGUUCCAUAUACCUUUGGGAUGCCAGUGUGAACAAAACAUCCAAGAUAGACAGUGGCAUGAGAGACAACAUGUCUCUUAUUGUAUGGUCAAAAACUGGCCCCCUGCUGGCAGCUGGGACUGCCAAAGGAAACCUCUUAAUCUACAAUCAGCAGACCUCACACAAGAUCCCAAUAUUAGGUAAACAUACCAAGAAAAUUACCUGUGGUUGCUGGAAUACUCAAAAUCUACUAGCCCUUGGCUGUGACGACAACAAUCUGAGCAUCAGCAAUCAAGAGGGAGACACGAUCCGAGAGAUAAAACUACGCGGUGCACCUGCAGAUAUCUACUUUUCCAUGAUGAAGACAAACGAAAGGACAUCACAAGGAGAGAACACUGUGAGUGUUUGUGUGGAAAAGAAAAUCUUGGUCCUUUUCAGUGUCACCAACACAGAUGACCGGUAUGAGCUGGGGUUUGAAACGAGUUAUGGACGCAUCGUCUCUUAUCGCUGGUUUGGUGAUGGGUAUAUACUCAUUGGCUUCUCCCAUGGAUACUUUGUGGUCAUUUCCACACACGUCAAAGAGAUUGGAGAUGAGCUCUGUCAGGCUCGGAACCAUAAAGACAGUCUUAACAGUGUAGCCAUCUCAUCAGCAUUAAACAAGGCUGCUUCCUGUGGUGACAACAGCAUUAAGAUCCACGAUCUCUCUGACUUCAAAUACAUUAGCAAUGUGAUUCAGCUGGAGGAUGAGACCAAAGGUCUGGACCAGCUAAGUUGGACAGAUGAUGGCCAACUGCUGGCAGUAUCCACACAGAAAGGCACUCUUCAUGUCUUCCUCACAAAGCUUCCUAUUCUGGGGGACAGUUAUGGAACCAGACUGGCUUACCUUACGUCACUGCUGGAGGUUACAGUGUCAAAUCAUGGGAUAACACCUGUGGCCAUUCAAGUGGAAGUAGAACCAACUUUCAUUGCUGUGGGACCUUACCAUGUUGCUGUUGGAAUGAACAACAAAGCCUGGUUCUACGCACCGCUUGAACAAGAAUCUGAAUUUACCAAGAUGAAGGAGAUUGAAUACUUUGGGACAGUUGCCAACAUGUGCCUAAAUGCAAAAUAUGCUGCAGCAUUGUUUGACGGUAAAGUGCAACUGCACAUGAUUGAUGGCAGUGAGCAGGAAGAUGGAAAACAGAUGAACUUGUUUCCAGAUGAUGACAGGAAAGGUCGUAUCCUUUGCCAUGCUCUCACUGCUGACUUCCUCUACUAUGGCACUGAUUUGGGUAACGUUGUGUGUGUCCUGGUGGAGGAUUGGGAGACUGUUAGCACUUAUAGCCACAGUGUGGCAGUGAGUAAAGUUUUCCCAGACGUAAACGGUACACGGUUGGUCCUGAUUGAUGACAAGAAGAGUGGCUUCCUGCUCACUCUUUCAAGUGCAGCAGACUUGUGUCUUGAGCUUCCAAACUUCUCUCCCACUAUCACUGGAGUUCUAUGGGACAACUGGCAUGCUGACAAAGGAGCGUUCAUUGCUUACGACGAUGACAAAGCUUACACCUACGCUGUACAUAAGACCACCAUAUAUGGCCCGCGCGUGGUCUUUGUGGGGAGCACUCCACUUCUCUCCUCCCAGAGGCCUUUGCUGCUUUACAAUGGGGUGCUGACGUGCCAGACGGCGAGCGGCAAGAUCAGUGAAGUGGCUCUGAGCACACAUUCAUUCCUUGAACACUCAACAAGCACAUCGUCUGGGUCGCAGCCAGAACUUGGCAAGCAGCUCACGCAGGCCCUCCAGCUUAAGAGGUUUUAUGAAGCAUGGGAUCUGUGCUUAACCGAAGGCAGUGAGGCCGACAAGGCAGAGAUUGGCAAGGCCUGUCUGGUUCACAUGGAGAUCGACCUGGCCAUUCACUUCUACCGCAUGUGUGGCAAUGUGGGCAUGGUGAUGUCACUGCAGGCCAUCCAGGGCAUCGAGGACAAUAACUUGCUUGCGGGCCAUUUGGCCAUGUUCCUGGAGGAUUUCUGCCUUGCUCAGGAUCUCUAUCUGGCUUCAGGCUGCCCAAUUGCUGCCCUGGAGAUGAGAAGAGACCUGCUUCAUUGGGAUAGUGCUCUGAAGUUAGCUAAGGGCUUAGCAGAAGACCAGAUUCCGUUUCUUUCCAAAGAAUAUGCCGUUCAUCUGGAAUUUAUUGGAGACUACAUGAAUGCUCUGGCGCACUAUGAGAAAGGCAUGACUCAUAAUAAUAAAUUCCAGGAGCAUGAUGAAGUGUGCCAUGCAGGUGUAGCCAGGAUGUCUAUUCGAAUGGGCGACAUAAGAAGAGGUGUGGCACAGGCUAUUCAGCACCCAAGUAGAGUCCUAAAGAAAGAAUGUGCAGCCAUAUUAGAAAGCAUGAAGCAAUUCUCUGAAGCUGCUCAGCUCUAUGAAAAAGGACAGUGUUAUGACAAGGCAGCAUCGGUUUAUAUUCGCUGCAAAAACUGGGCAAAGGUUGGAGAGUUGCUGCCUAAUGUCACUUCUUCCAAGAUCCACCUGCAAUAUGCUAAAGCCAAGGAGGCGGAUGGCAAUUAUAAGGAGGCAGCACAAGCCUACGGUAGUGCUAAAGACUGGGACAAUGUUACUCGCGUACUGCUGGAUCACCUGAAGAACCCAGAAGGUGCUGUUCGCAUUGUCAGAGAGACGCAGAGCAUUGAGGGAGCAAAGAUGGUGGCCAGGUUUUUCCUGUCACUAAAUGACUAUGGCUCGGCCAUCCACUUCCUUGUUCUCUCUCAAUGCAAUGAUGAAGCUUUCCAGCUAGCGCAGCAGCACAGACAGAUGGAGGUCUAUGCGGACAUCAUCGGCUCUGAUGCAACACUGGAGGAUUAUCAGAGUAUCGCUCUUUAUUUUGAGGCAGAGAAGAACCACCUCCAAGCUGGCAAGUUCUUUCAGAAGUGUGGACAAUACAGCAGGGCUUUGAAGCACUUCCUGAAGUGUCCUAACACAGAGGACAGUCUGGCUUUGGACAUGGCCAUUGAGACAGUGGGCCAAGCCAAGGAUACAUCCCUGACUAAUUUACUAAUCGAAUACCUUAUGGGGGAGAGUGAUGGCAUCCCAAAGGAUGCCAAGUACCUGUUCCGUCUCUACAUGGCACUGCAGCAAUACAGGGAGGCAGCUCGCACUGCCAUUAUCAUUGCUAGGGAAGAGCAGAAUGCUGGUAACUAUCGCAGCUCCCACAAUGUGCUGUUCAGCAUGUACACACAGCUGCAAGCCCAUAAGAUAAAAAUUCCUGCAGAAAUGGCUACAAACCUGAUGAUCCUGCACUCCUACUUGCUGGGAAAAAUCCAUAUAAAGAGAAGAGACCACCUAAAAGGGGCACGUAUGCUCAUUCGUGUGAGCAAAAAUAUCAGCAAGUUUCCUGCACAUGUUGUGCCCAUUCUGACAUCGGCUGUUAUUGAAUGUCAUCGAGCUGGGUUGAAGAACUCUGCUUUUGGCUUUGCCGCUAUGCUGAUGCGCCCCGAGUACCGAAACGAAAUACACCAGAACUACAGGAAGAAAAUCGAGGCUAUGGUUCGGCGACCAGAUACAUCAGAGUUGGAAGAGGAAACAACCCCCUGUCCUUACUGUGGCUUCCAGCUUCCGCAGAAUGAAUUGCUGUGCAUCUCUUGCAAGAACAACUUGCCCUAUUGCAUUGCCACUGGUCGUCAUAUGUUGAAAGAGGACUGGUCUGUGUGUCCGCAUUGUGAAUUUCCAGCGCUCUAUUCGCAGUUCAUUUUAUUACUAGAGACAGACCCAGUUUGUCCCAUGUGCUCAGAGACUUUGAGUGCCCAGGAGUUGAAGAAGAUCAAGGAUUGUUCCAAAUACUUGCAGCCUGAUCAAGUGGAUCAGUGAAGGCCGUGUCCAUGGCGACGUGGGCGGGGCUGACUAUGACGGCUCGUCUCUGCUCCUCUUCUGCGCUCGCUCUCCGUUCCUGAGUGCGCUCGAUGUGAUGGAUCGCCUGAGAGAAGCAAAUGGACGUAGCAGCAAUAUUCAUUUAACCAUAAUACAAAGGUGCACCUCCACAAUCUAGUCAGGCCAGAUACAAAAGCUGCAUACAGCUUGUGUAUCAUACGCAUGUUGCAUAUUCCAUAUUUUCUGGACUAAGUCACACAUAUACUCAGGUGCUACUUGUAUACCGUAUGUCGACCCCACAGUGGACAACUAUUUAAAAGUUGACACUUAAGACAUUUAAGCCUUUCUAGGUCAAGUGACUAUUUUUGGUCAUAAAAAAAUAUUUUUUGUAUACAUUUGUAAAUGAAUACAAUGUUACACUCAAGCAACACUCUUAAGUUGACCCCCCCCCCCCCCCCCCCCAGUAUUUAAUACAUUGUAUCCAAUUGACGGCGCGAUACGUCCAAUUCUUUUAAACUGGGCGGACUGACCGAGAAUGCUCAUCUUUCAGUGCUAUUAACGGUGCUAGACGUCCAAUCCAUUUUGACUGAGAGCAGGCCCAAAUGUAUUAGAUGUCUAGUGCUGCCAUUGGCAGUCAAUUAAUCAAAUGAGUGCCCUAUAAGGGCCUAUUUAGCCUGCUGUUCUUGAUUUUGUCAUAACAUAUAAACCUCGCUCAAAAUGUGACUCAGGCUAUGUUCAUACCGCAGGUCAUAAUGCACGAAUCCAAUUUUUUUGGUGUUUUUCCCGACUCGAGUGAGGCAUUAACUUGAUGGCUUGAACGGGACAAGUCGCAUAGAAGUGGACCAUUUCAAAUCCUAUCUGUGUGACUUUCAUAUGUAGUAGAGAUGUCCCGGACCUGAUCGAUCGGGUCCGAUCACGUCAUUUUCAAAGUAUCGGUAAAAAAAUAUUGGACAUGCCUUUUUUAAAAAUAUAUAUAUAUAUUUUUAAUUAAAUCGUUUUCUAAUUGUAUUUAACGUUACAGACAUAAUGUGUUACUCUUCCAGAGUCUUUAGUUUAAGCUUAAGGUAGGGUUAUCAAAUUUAUCGCGGUAACGACGAGAAUUAAUAUUUUUUACAUUUAUCACGUUACAAUAUUUAAGGCAUGCGCUCACCCACUCACGCAUUGUCGCGUUCAAUCUAUAAUGGCACCGUUUUACCCAUACAGUAUAUAAAGCUAAAAGGCAGCGUAAAAUGAGUAGAGAAUUUUGGCAGCAUUUGGAGCCUUUUUUUAAAUGGCCUUACAAUCCCUCUCCCAACGAUUAGAAAAAUCGUGGGAAGCAAUGUGAGGAAGAUCUUUUUCUUAACACCCUAUGUUAUUUCCCAACGCAGAGAAGAUAUAUCAAUUGGUAUCACGACGCACAGUCAUGGUUGUACUUCCCAUCAUGCAUUUGGACAGAAGUUAAAUGGCUACAGUAUCAUUUGCUGAAAGCUCAACAAAUACACUAGAUGGCAAUAUUUAGUCACAAUAUACAAAGUCACAUUUAUCCUAUAAGAAUUACAAGUCUUUCUAUCCGUGGAUCCCUCUCACAGAAAGAAUGUUAAUAAUGUAAAUGCCAUCUUGAGGAUUUAUUGUCAUAAUAAACAAAUACAGUACUUAUGUACUGUAUGUUGAAUGUAUAUAUUCGUCUGAGUUUUAUUCAUUUUUUUCUUAAUGCAUUGCCAAAAUGUAUAUGAUCGGGAAAAAUUAUCGGGAAUGAUUGGAAUUGACCGAGUUAAUGCGCAUGCAUUAUACUUAAAGUUGCUCAAUAGACAAAGGCAGUCUGAAAGGGCAGACCAAAAAAAAAAAAAAAAAAAAAAAAAAAAAAAAAA